ACCCAUACGCACCUUGAAGAAUUCUUUCGGGCUGGCUGGUGUCGGUGUCGUCUUGUUUUACACUUCCAGGCUUCGCUUAAAUUCCUCAUAUGAAAACAAUUACGAGCUCACCUCACUUUCUGUUCCUCUUCCUUCUCCUUCUCUCUCUGCUUCUCCUCGUUUCCCGCAAUCCCCAGUUUGUCCGCUUCGCCGAGGGCGCCAAGCGACGAGUCCACAUCCCUGACGAUUUGGACGACGUUGUUGACGAUGAAGAGGACGAUGCUUGGAGACAAUGGGGCAAGAAACAUUCAUCCUCUUCCGAGUUCGAUCUUCCGCCUCCCGAGGAUUUCUCCAAUAUGGACAUCUCCCAGAUCCAAGCUGAGAUGGCCAAGCGCCAAUCCGGUCCCGCAAUCGGAUUCGUUAAGCUCCGGUUAGGGGUUCCUCGAACUCCGGAAAUUGUGGGCAACAUUGCAAAGAAAUGGACUGAAAUGAUGAGAAGUGGAGCUGUUGGAGCAAGGUUCAUGGGUGUUGAUCUUAAUACAGUCAUGUUUAACCUGGAAUCAGGCAAACAACUUGAAGAAUUGAAGGAAUUUAUCUUGAACGAACCAGAAGCAUAUGAGAUGAAGAUUGGGGAUCAAGUUUUUCGAAGACCCGGAGAUCCUCCUCUGGACGAGGUUAUUGGGAGGCUUCAAAGUGAGAAAAACAAAGCAGAUAACGCUGGACCUCAGGAAACUGAUGCACAAAUGAAAGAGGAAUUGUAAUUGAGCGCACGUGUGCGCGGGCGUGAGUACCCUUCAUGAUCCAGUUCCCGGAUGUUGCUGAACGCAGCAAGCAUUUCGUAAACCAAUCAACCUGAUAGUUUACCAUGUUUUAUUUAUUUAUUUAAUGACGGAUUUGAACUUCAUAUUUUUACUCGUA